GACUGGGUGGGCCGGUACCGCAUUAAUUGACCCAACUUCCUUGGCGGUUAUUGAGAUACGCAUCGAGUACUACCGACUACUGACAGCCCACCGCGGAGUAAGAAGGCUAACACUCUCCUGCUUGUCCUCUCUUCUCAAUAAUUGCGCUUUCUUUUCUAUUGCUGUUUUUAGAUCCCCCCUCAAACAGCUUGAUAUCCAGAACACGGUAUUGGAUAACGCGAUUCUGGAAGUUCUGAAUCACCACGGUCCGGUUGCUUUUUUUUCUCACCGUGUCUUACGGGUCUGAGUGGUGCGUAACAGUUCGCGUCACAUUGAUAUCGAUCGGCAAGGCCCUGUCCUUUCCGGCUUCUCUUUGCGAAUCAGAUCCUAGACAAUGGCCGACAUCGACAUCUCCAGAAGAAACAAAAAGCCCCGUCUCUUGCUCGAGUCGGAGCGGGAGAAGCUUGAGGAAUUCAUCGACUCCAUCCAUUACUCCGCUAGAUAUUCCGAUGAUGAAUACGAGUACCGACACGUGCAGUUGCCGAAGAAUAUGCUGAAAAAGAUCCCGGCCGAUUAUUUUGAUAGCGCUAAAGGAACGUUGAAGCUUCUGUGGGAAGAGGAAUGGCGGGGCUUGGGCAUCACUCAGAGUCUGGGAUGGGAACACUACGAAGUACACGAGCCGGAGCCACAUAUCUUGCUUUUCAAGCGUCCCAUUAAUUACCAACCUCCUGUUUCUCAAUAAUUGUUUACAGUUUGUUCCCAUACUUUACAAGUCGUCUCGACGGUUUGUUCCCGUUGAAACGGCGACCUCAUGAUCAUGUGUAUCUUUGCUUCGAUCAUUCCUGGACAGUACUUACUUUGCCUCGCGCUGAGAUCAGUUCGAGAUGACCCAUGAAUACACCG